AGUACGUGGUAUGUGAGUUUACGCAAUUUGUUCUUGUGAUCUUUUAUAAAAUGGAUUCUUUACCCGGAAAGUGCAUAGAAGCAAGUAAACGGAUUCGCCCUCAUGUACGACAUACUCCUAUGGAUUAUUCCUACUGGCUGAGUUCGCUAAACAGCAACCACGUUUACAUCAAAUGGGAAAGCGAACAAAUUUCUGGCUCUGCAAAAGCAAGAGGAGCAUUUAAUAAACUCAUGGCUAUCAAGGAAAGGAAUCCAGAAAUCAAAGAAGCAAUUGUGGCAUCAACUGGGAAUCAUGGAGCAGCUUGUUCCUUAGCUAUGAAAAUAUUAGGAAUCAAUGGAAAAGUGUAUGUUCCCACAAUGGUAGAAAAGUUCAAGUAUGAAAUGAUACAACAGUACGGGUCAACAGCUGAAAUACAAGGAGAAGGUUGUGCUGAAGCAGAGUCUCUGGCAAGAGCCUACAGUGAGGCAAAUUCAAUACCCUAUAUCUCACCAUCCAAUGACUGGGAUGUCCUUGCUGGUCAGGGCGUGAUAGGAUGUGAAAUAUUUGAAGAUCUUCCUUCUGUUGAUGCAGUGUUUAUUUCUGUUGGUGGAGGGGGUAUUGUUGCUGGCGUUGGAGCUUACAUAAAGUCAGUGAAACCUGAUUGCAAAAUAAUUGGGUGUGAAACCAUUCAAUCCCCUGCAAUGUCGGAAUCACAGAAAGCUGGAUACAUUGURGAGGUCCCAAACAAGCCCACUUUGUCUGAUGGGACAGCAGGGGGAGUGGAGAAAGGAAAUAUAACGUUUGAUAUCUGCAAGGAAGUGGUAGAUGACUGGGUCAUUGUAACAGAGGAAGAGAUUGCUAAAGCUAUAUACAAUGUCAUGGAACACCAUCAUAAGAUUGUAGAAGGCUCAGCAGGWCUAGCCAUAGCAGCUUAUAUCAAGACAAUGUCAAAGUACAAAGGAAAGAACGUAGUUGUACUCUCAUGCGGAAGUAAYAUAAGUGUUAACAGAAUCAAAGACAUUAUUAAUACUUAUGGAUGAACUGAAUUUGAUGUAUUGUGAUCUAGGAUUUUUAGUGGGAAUUUUGCCUUUUUUAUUUUUAAGGAAAAAAGGAAAAGGAAAAGAGGAGUGCAAAUCUUCUCUUCCCUUCCACAGAGCUAGAGUAUAAACAAUAAACAUGUGAAAUAGAUAUUACACUUAUAUUCCUUUGUA